CUUCCAACGCUAAAACUUCCACAAAACAAACACAGCCUAAAGGGGUUCCUUUCCCCUUCAUUUGCAUCGGUAUUUUUGCUAUUACCACGUAAACGUCCAAAACAUGAUUGGGUGGCUGUAUUUUUAGUAUAUCCACCCAUGACACCUCUUGUGAGCAAGCAUAUAUUGAGGCCAUUUCAUUCAUAAGAAUUCAUCAAUUUCCCAUGCAAUAAACAAAUUUCACAGCUCCCAUUUAUUGUAUGGCCAUGGCUAUGGCACAUAUACUCUUGUUCAGAUAUCCUCCAUAUUCUCCUGCACCAAGCUCAAAACAUUUCCACCCCAUAUAUUCAUUGGCAAAAUUUUCUCUCUCUAAAACUACCAGAAAACAAUGCCUGAGAGUUACUUGCUCUACUGGUACCAAACCCUCUUCAGCUGAGAUAAGUUCUGCAGCCAAAAUUCGAAGCGAAGUUCUUUCUCCCUUUCGCACAGUAAGAAUGUUUUUCUAUCUUGCUUUUAUAGCAAGUGGUUCUCUUGGUGGAUUAAUAGCCACCACUCAGUUAAUCUCUGCACUGACAAAUGCAUCAAAAGCGGACCAAGUUCCUGAGAUCUUGAAAAGUCUUGGAGUAGACUUGGGAGCAAUCGCUUUAUUUGUAUUUCUGUACUCAAGAGAGCUUAGUGCCAAAAAUGCGCAGCUUGCUAGACUGUCAAGAGAGGAAAGCCUCUCAAAUCUUAAGAUGAGAGUGGAUCAAAAGGUCAUCACAGUAGGUGAUUUGAGGGGCUUUGCACGCCUUGUGAUACUUUCUGGACCUGCCUCUUUCAUUAAGGAAUCCAUCAAACUGAGUGAACCCUAUGCAGAUAGUCUUCUUGAACGUGGAGUAAGGGUUGUGCCUAUUGUAACUGAUGGGGGUAGUAACUUUGAAGUUGAGGAUGUUGAGGAGGAGAUUCCAGAUGAGAAAAAGAAGAAGCUGUGGCAGUUGUUUCCCAUGUUCCCUAAUGAAUGGUUCAAGUGGUUAGAUGAUCAGAAGGAAUUGGCUAAGGUUGCCAAAGAAGCACCAGUGUACAUCUCCCUUCGAAUGGAUGGUCGUGUAAGAGGGAGUGGUGUUGGCUACCCUCCUUGGAGUGCAUUUGUAGCCCAGCUACCACGAGUCAAGGGGCUAUGGUCAGGCCUUCUUGAUGGCAUGGAUGGAAGGGUGUAAACUAUUUCUUUCAUAGCAUCUAGAGAACAUCUUCUUUCACUGUCGAGGUUAGUUAACAGUGAAAAAAUUUGUCUAGUUGCCUAACUAUGAAAAUGCGAAAGGUUGGAGAUAGAAGCUAUUGGCCAUUGAAGAAGAUCUGGCCUGAGGUAAGCAUUCUCUGAAUUUAAUUUGAAUAUGUUUAUUGCAUUUGUUAUAUGUUAGUAUCCUUUUUGUAGAUAUCAAAAGAUGCCACAACAUAAAGUGACACUGAUCCAUGGAAUCUAGAAAGCUCGUCUUAUUGAUUUGGUUGCACAGUGAUUGAAAUUUGAAACAAAUUCAAUAUCAAAAGAGAGCAAAUAUUUAGUUCGAUUCUCACUGAAGAAAUGCAAGGCACUUUUCAUGGAAUACAAACUUUAGAUGGUGAAAAUGUGGAGCCGCACUCCUUUCUGUGGGAUGUAUGUAAACUCUUUUAGCUGAUUCUAGCAGACGCUUUGAUAUGUAACGUUAGCUGGAGUUUGCAUCGAUGACUUCUCUACUGGGGAGAAAAUCUGUGCGUCAUGCAAUGAAUCCUAAAAUUUGCAUUUCCAUUUAA